UCUCCUGGCGGCAGCAUUUGAACGCUUUGCUCGCAAGCUACGGAUACGUGGUCUGUAUGCAAUCGAGCUAAAUGUUUGAACUUGUUGAACAACCUAAGUGCUCCGAUAGGUAGCGGUAACUCUACUUUCAUACUCUUCCGCAACCCUUAUUUUUCCCACCCCUCUAGCUGACCAUGUACUGUUCCGAACGAUUCAAUUGUAUUCGGUGCAAUUUAAUUCACUGCUAAGGCGAAUCAUCAGUCUUAUUCGUACAUAUUCGCCCACUCUUCUCAACGAAGAUCGUUGUUUCUGGCGUUGUGAUGAAUCUCACAGGAAUCUUAUCUUGUUUAUACAAAGAACAGACGCGCAUUUAUGCAUGCGAGGUUCACUUAUAAUGUUAUAAUGACGACAUAAUGUCUUCGAUAUUGUAUAUAUUUAACAUAUUCGAACUUGGAACGUAUAUAUCGAAUUGUAUUAUGUAAUUUAACCGUUUAGUAGGUAUCCUAUUUGCAACUGGUUCGCGUGUUUGUUGCCUACGUCUGUUUUAUACAACGUCGGUAACAUCAAAUGCAUUUUAAAGGAAAUAAAGUAGACAUUCCGGUCUCCGAUGUAAGAACGUACGAUUAUUAUCGGAGUUAAAGUCGCGUUAGACGUUAUUCAUGAAAUAAUUUGCGGGUAGCAGAUUUACGAUUGCUUGGCGCGCAUUCGUGCUUUCACCAUUAUCUGCGUGCCGCUGCCAGAUGGCAGCUGCUGUUUCAUUCUUUGCAAUCGAGCAAUGGUAAAAAUGAAGAUAAUGUAAAAAAUCGUAUGCAGUUUAAUUGUCUGUAAACCACCGAUGGUUACGUGCAAUCAAAAUUGUAAUACUUCGCACAAUUUUAAUAUCAUAAUAUUGUCCACGUUUAAUUGGUUAACGUAUUCGUAGUUCCUUUGUUUCUUAAUUUUUUUUACUCGAUGACGACUCGACUACACCGUAGGAUAUAUUAUAUGUAUUUCGGACACAGCUGUUUUCAAAGCGUCCCUUCGCUGAAUAUUGGCUUUGACUCUGUCUUUCCGCUGUAAAUAUUCAUGAAAAUGUACUGCUGUGCGCGUGGCACGUUUCAUUGUCAAUACGCCAAUGGAGUCCAAUUCGAGAAAUUGAAAACCAAAUAUUCCAUCGACGAGGACAUUAUAGUAGAGUACACGUUACACGAUAAAGUCAGCACGUCGUCGCGCGAUUGGGUCGGAAUUUUCCCCAGAGGGUGGACCAACCUUCAGCAGUAUCUGACUUUUGAAUACGUUCUCGUGGCACCGAAAAUGUCGUCUCUGUCCAGGCGCAGUAUCAUGUUUUUGCAUACGUUUCAUCGAGAGGCGUCUUUGAAUAUCGAUUACCACUUCGUCUACAUAAGCAAAGAAAUCGAAAUCAUGGGCACGAGCUCGUACUUUCGUUUCACCAUGAAUCCGAAACAUCGAUUCCUCGAUCGAAACGCCAACUCACCGGAAGUAAGCAGCAGCAGUUCGGUAGCAGCGACCUCGAAACGAUCGACUACUCGAUGCAAAUUAAACGGUUGUGCACCCUCGAUUGGAUCGCUGCCACCAAACUACACGGAGAAAUUCAUCGCACCGAUCAAAACGCCUAAAAUGUUUGACGACGUGAUUCGACCGCAUCGUUCGUUCUCGGACCAUCGACAAAGAACGUGUCGUUUUCACUGCACCACGAAAUUGGCGCCAACGAUUACCUCGAAUCGGAUUCAGUUCUUGAUGUCGCAUAACGAGCAACUUGGGGCUCGCGUAGGACGACUCCUGCGCGACUUAGAAUUAACAGAAACAGCCGUGAAGAGGGAGAAAAUGGCGCGGAUGGUUUUGACGAAUAGGCUGCAGACGUACGAGACGUUCGUCGCGGAAAUGUUCAGGAGUUUGAACGUGAUAGGAGUUGUUAAGAUUACAGAUAAAGCGGGAAAUCAGAUAAUUGCUCAGAAAAUUAAACCGAAUGAACUGUCUUCGAUGAACGACGAGCAAGUCGACAAGUGUAUUUCAAUUCCGGAAAUUUCGAUGCUCAAUCAGUCGAUAGAAAAUAUGGGGUGGAACCACGACGAGACAAUGGAGAAGAUGAACAUCGAAGAGGUUCCUCGGGGGAUGAGCUCGUUGAUCAACGAAUCGUUAAAAAACAAAGAGACUAUAUCCCACGACCCUCGAGCGGAUAGAUCGUUUCCGAAGAGAGAACACACUCCGCGUCCCGACACGAAACACCUUAACGUUAUCUUGUCCGGGGAACAACAAUUGCCGUGGCCCGAGAAAUUUUCGGAGGUUACCUCAUCCAUGGUGGAAAUGGCGUCGAGUCCUGGUAGCCAGCGUGGUUGUUACGUAACGAAAGAGGCCACGGGCGCGACAAACGAAGCAGACGAUAAUGCAUGCAGAGACAAUUGUAAAAUCGAAGAGUCUAACCGUGUCGAGGGCAAGGCGAAGGAAACGAAAAACAGUGCGGUGGACGAGAAAGAUAUUGUGGGAAGUCUGGAUUCCUUGGAAUCUAUGAAUUCGCGCGAGUGUAGCGGCACUUGCCACCACAAUUGUUCGGUGAAGUCGACUACGAACAAGCAAUUUGACAAAGAGUGGGCGCUCGUGUGUCAGUGCGAUUUCGAAGUGACCAACGGGGUACGUCGGCUGACCGAUAAGAGCAUGGCAAACCUGAAACAUUAUCUCGAAACUCAUGCAACGAACGAUGUCCCGAUGAAUACCACGCUUUCGACAAACUUGGAAGGCGGGUCUGAAAAUCCGAUUGAUUUCGAGACACUUCGACCGAAGCCGUCCGCUAUUUUGAUAAAGGGCAGGGACGCUAAGUUUUCAAUUAUAAGGUAUUGAACUCCGAACGAUGGAUAUUCAAGAACGAACGAAUCCUUGCGAAGCUUUGCUGUCGUGCCAUAUUCUCGGGCUGAAUAUGCAAGAGAGUCGUUAGUUGAGGCAUUAGCGAAAAUGAAAUGUAAAUAAAUAAAAUUUCCAGCUUCGCGA